UCCAACCCACUGAAAAGAGAGAUAUUAAGGAGCUUCACCUACAGACCUGCUGGAGGUUUAUAUACCCUCUAGAAGUUUCCAACUAAAAAAAGAAUCAGAGCCUCAGCUUGCAAAAUUAGAGCUGAACUUAAAUUUUUCCACAAAAGAGUUUUCUUGAAGAAACCAUGGAGAUCGGAGGGGCACUCGUUCUGUGGAAAAGGCAAGUUCUGAUUAUCUUUGUUUUACUGGGAUUGUCUCAGGCAGGUCCUGAGUCUGUGCGCUAUUCUGUGGCAGAGGAAACAGAAAUUGGCUCUUUUGUGGCCAAUCUGGCAAGGGAUCUGGGGCUUGGGGUGGAGGAGCUCUCUUCGCGGGAGGCGCGGGUAGUGUGUGAUGAUAAUGAAAAGCAUUUGCAACUCGAUUUGCUGACCGGGGAUUUGCUCGUAAAUGAGAAACUGGACCGGGAAGAGCUGUGUGACUCCACGGAGCCCUGUGUGCUGCAUUUUCAGAUGGUACUGGAAAACCCUUUACAGUUUUUUCGGGCUGAGCUGCAUAUCAAAGAUAUAAAUGAUCACUCCCCUACAUUUCUUGACAAGGAAAUAGUUAUUAAAAUAUCAGAGAGUACCAUUAUUGGAACCACAUUCCUAAUGGAGAGUGCCCAAGAUUUGGAUGUAGGAAGCAACAGUCUCCAAAACUACACAGUUAGCCCGAAUUCUCACUUCUACGUUAAAAUUCAAGACAGUGGUGACGGAAAGAUAUACCCUGAACUGGUCCUGCACAGAGCGUUGGACCAUGAGGAGGAGCCUGAGCUCAGAUUAACACUCACAGCACUGGAUGGUGGAUCCCCGCCCAGGUCUGGGACAACUUUGGUCCUCAUCAAGGUCUUGGACAUCAAUGACAAUGCCCCAGAGUUUCCUCAGAGGCUCUAUGAGGUGCAGGUCCUGGAGGACACACCUGUUGGCUCUUGGAUUAUCACCAUCUCUGCUAAGGAUUUGGAUGCAGGAAACUAUGGGAAAAUAUCUUACACAUUUUUUCAUGCAUCAGAAGAUAUUCGUAAAACAUUUGAAAUCAAUCCACUAUCUGGGGAAGUUCAUUUGAGAUCACGCUUGGAUUUUGAAGCAAUACAGUCAUACAUUAUAAAUAUUCAGGCAACAGAUGGUGGGGGUCUUUCGGAAGAAUGCACUCUUCUCGUUAAAGUAAUAGAUAUAAAUGACAAUCCACCAGAAGUGACCAUGUCAUCAAUUACAAAGAUAAUUCCAGAGAGCGCCUCAGAGACCCUUGUGGCUCUUUUUAGUGUCCGAGACCAAGACGCUGGGGAAAAUGGGAGGGUCGUUUGCUCUAUUCAAGAUGACCUCCCAUUUUUUCUGAAACGAACCUUCAAGAACUUUUUCACUCUAGUUGCAGAAAAAGCACUGGACAGAGAGGAAAGAGCCGAGUACAACAUCACCAUCACCGUCACUGACAUGGGAACCCCCAGGCUGAAAACCGAGCACAACAUAACCGUGCUGGUGUCCGACGUCAACGACAAUGCCCCCGCCUUCACCCAGACCUCCUACACCCUGUCCGUCCGCGAGAACAACAGCCCCGCCCUGCACAUCGGCACCGUCCGCGCCACAGACAGAGACGCGGGCGCCAACGCCCAGGUCACCUACUCGCUGCUGCCGCCCCUCGACCCGCACGUGCCCCUGGCCUCCCUGGUGUCCAUCAACCCGGACAACGGCCACCUGUUCGCCCUGAGGUCCCUGGACUACGAGGCCCUGCGGGCGUUCGAGUUCCGCGUGGGCGCCGCCGACCGCGGCUCGCCCGCGCUCAGCAGCCAGGCGCUGGUGCGCGUGCUCGUGGCGGACGACAACGACAACGCGCCCUUCGUGCUGUACCCGCUGCAGAACGCGUCGGCGCCCUGCACCGAGCUGGUGCCCAGGGCGGCCGAGGCGGGCUACCUGGUGACCAAGGUGGUGGCGGUGGACGGCGACUCGGGCCAGAACGCCUGGCUGUCGUACCAGCUGCUCAAGGCCACGGAGCCCGGGCUGUUCGGCGUGUGGGCGCACAACGGCGAGGUGCGCACGGCCCGGCUGCUGAGCGAGCGCGACGCGGCCAAGCACAGGCUGCUGGUGCUCGUCAAGGACAACGGCGAGCCGCCGCUGUCGGCCAGCGUCACGCUGCACGUGCUGCUGGUGGACGGCUUCUCGCAGCCCUACCUGCCGGCCCCGGAAGCGGAAGCGGCGGACGCGGCGCCGGCCGCCCCGCUCACCGUCUACCUGGUGGUCGCCUUGGCGUCGGUGUCGUCGCUCUUCCUCUUCUCGGUGCUGGUGUUCGUCGCGGUGCGGCUGUGCAGGCGGGGCGGGGCGGCCUCGGUGGGUCGCUGCUCGGUGCCCGAGGGCCCCUUUCCGGGCCACCUGGUGGACGUCAGCGGCACGGGGACCCUGUCCCAGAGCUACCAGUACGAGGUGUGUCUCAUGGGAGGUACUGGGACGAAUGAGUUUAAAUUUCUGAAGCCGAUUAUCCCUAAUCUUCCAGUCCAAGACACCAGUAGGCAUAUAGGGGAAAAUGAGAACUUUAGGAAUAGCUUUGGAUUCAACAUUCAAUAAAAUAAUUUACUUUAAACUUCUAAUCUUUUGUCAUUCUUGGCAAACUGUGGAUCCAUUUUGCCAAUCUGUAAUAGAUUUUACGUUGGACGGUAGUUGCAUGCAUUAUCAUUUCUCAUGUUCUCCUCACAGUUGCUUUAAAAAUCUUUAUUUGUGGCUAUAAUGACAUGGAAAAAUAAUGUGUUCUGCUUUUUCAUAUAUUUGGUCAAAAUGUCAUAUUAAUGGAGUUAUUGCUAAUUUUUUGUUCUGAUAAUGGCAUUGUUAUGCAAGACGGUGUUAUUAUUUGGAGGUGCAAACUCAAGUAUUAAGAGCAAAUGCCACAAUGUAUGUAAUUUACUUCUAGACGUUUCAUCAAAGCAUAGAUACAGCAAAAAUUAAAAGUGCUGUUGAAGCUGGGUGGAAAGUAUAUUGGAUUUUACUGCACUAUUCCCAUUGAAAAUUUUCAUCAUAAAGGGUAAAAGUGCCACCUCUCCAGUAUUCAGUAGUAGGGUAUCUUAUUUGUUUGUUUGUUUGUUGUUAUAUAGUGUUUUUCAAGAAUUCACUUUAUGACAAGAUAAAAGUGACCACACUGAAAAUUAUUGAUUUCUUAAGUAAUUUUCCUUUUUUACUGUUGUCGUUGAUGCUGUUUUGGGGGAGGAGUCUUAUAAUGUUCUGGGAUUUUACGUUGCUAUUUUGUUUUCUUUCAAUAUACCACAUUUGCUGGUUUAAAUUUGUAUUAUUUUAUAUUGUUCAUUACGUAACUCAUAUGUUCAUGGUAUCAUCUUAAGUAAAUACUCCUCCAUCAGAAGAGUACAGAUAAAAACUUCUUAAGAAAUUAAAAUGAAAAUUCAAACUGGUAGAGAAAUAAAUUAGGUUCACUUUUCUAUUGAUUUUUUAAAGUAAAUAUAAAAAAAUCCUUAAUACUUUGUGGCCUUUCUCAGAUGUUCACAAAGAAGGAAUGGUUCUAUAUUAAUGGUUUAUAGAUGUCUCAUGGUGUUCCAAAUUAUAAUGUCUCCAAUCUAUUAGUGUACAGUUCAGUGGACACUUUGGUAACUAGAAUGUAGUGUGGAUAUAGAGCUACUGUGCAUAUACAUUUCUGUGAUUUCUCUCAUAAAAUUAAAUAUUGUAGACUAGAUGAUAUAGUAAAAUGCAAUUUUGCUUGACAUUGUGAAAUGGCUAAAACAAAUUCCAGUUUUCUUAGGAAUUUUUUUCUUUGCUUCAUGCAGUUUUUCCUGGUCUUAUUUUGUGUUACAACAGAUAUUUACUAGUUGUAAGAAUUUUAUUAAAUAGACAUUUAAGCAGUACAAUCCUGAAAAAGAAUGUUUGGGCCCUCUUUAUCUCUCAGAGUCAUAAGAAGCAAAGCUUAUGCUUCUUAUGCAUAAGAGUAAGAGCAGAUAACAAAAUAUCCUAUUUGAAUGGUACAGAAACAAACUUGUACACUACCAAAUAGAAUGGAAUUCAGUGUCAGAUAUUUUAUAUAAGAAAAUUUGGUGAUGAUUGAAGAGGUGUCAAAAUCACUUGGGGUUGGGGGGAAGAGACUGAUUACUUAGCAAUGUUAUUGGGAAAACUGGCUCACUAUAUAAAGAAACAAAAUCCUUAUCUCAUGUGAUAUAAAAAUAAAUUUCAUGUGGAUCUAAGAGGUGAAUUUGAAAUAUUUAAUUGGAAAAAAUGUAACAAGUCUAAGUAAAAAUAUCUUUAUGACCUUAUUAUUGAUUUCGAUUUC